CGCACGGAAACGAAAGGGCCACUUCCGGUUUUGCAACCCCUGGGUACCGGCGGCGUAGAUCGGCCCUUUAGGGCCUUAUUCGGAAGCUCCGCCUUUUCUUGGGUCUUUCUGGAAAGACAGCUUUGAUCUGGACCGAGUGGGGCAGCGUCCCGGGCUCCUGAGUGUCUCCCAUGGCGGAUACGACCCCGAACGGCCCCCAAGGGGCGGGCGCUGUGCAAUUCAUGAUGACCAAUAAACUGGAUACAGCAAUGUGGCUUUCUCGCUUGUUCACAGUUUAUUGCUCCGCUCUGUUUGUUCUGCCUCUUCUCGGGUUGCAUGAGGCAGCAAGCUUUUACCAGCGUGCUUUGCUGGCGAAUGCUCUCACCAGUGCACUGAGACUGCAUCAGAGAUUACCACACUUCCAGUUAAGCAGAGCCUUCCUGGCUCAGGCCUUGCUAGAGGACAGCUGUCACUACCUGCUGUAUUCACUCAUUUUUGUUAAUUCCUACCCUGUUACAAUGAGUAUUUUCCCAGUCUUGUUGUUUUCUUUGCUUCAUGCUGCCACAUACACUAAGAAGGUCCUGGAUGCAAAGGGUUCAAAUAGUUUACCUCUGCUGAGAUCUGUCUUGGAUAAAUUAAGUGCUAACCAACAAAAUAUUCUGAAAUUCAUUGCUUGCAAUGAAAUAUUCUUGAUGCCGGCUACAGUUUUUAUGCUCUUUAGUGGUCAAGGAAGUUUGCUCCAGCCUUUUAUAUACUAUAGAUUUUUGACUCUUCGCUAUUCCUCUAGAAGAAAUCCAUAUUGUCGGAACUUGUUUAAUGAACUGAGGAUUGUUGUUGAGCACAUUAUAAUGAAGCCCUCCUGCCCACUGUUCGUGAGAAGACUUUGUCUCCAGAGCAUCGCCUUCAUUAGCAGACUGGCUCCAACAGUUGCGUAGUUUACCGUCUAGUUAAGCUGUGAAUAGAAGAUAAGCAUUCGUAGCUGGUGAUUUGGAUAGGGUCUCAAAUGACAGGUCUAACACCGACCUCAGUUCAAUUUAUGAUUUACAUAAGUGCAUCUCAGUGCAAAAUAAUCAUUUCCUGGCAUGUUAAGUCAAGCCUUUAAUAGUUUCUGAGAAAAUUUUCCUGUACAUUAUUGUUCAUGGUUAUGUAAGUUUUUAUUUAAUGAUAAAUGUUACUAAAUUGUUUUAGAUGCUGUUGUGCCUACAUCAUGAAAUACAUUUAUUUCUUUUAAAAAGAAUUCUGAAAUUUGUUUUAUCCUAACCAGUAACCCAAGUUACAUUUGGAAUGAGUUCAUUAUGGUAAUAGAUGAAUUCAGUAUGUUUGAGACAGUAUUUUUUCCAGUGAUUUUGGUUGGGAUUUUAACAGACAUCCAUUCCCCUGCAGUUUGAUUUCAUAUUCAGCUGAUCUUGAGAUGCUUUGCUAGGACAGAUGUGUUUAGCCUGCACCAUUACAAUGGAAAUUCUGUGUCUGUUUUAUGACCUGCUAAGCUUUCAUUUCCAUUAGUAUAUCUGUGACUUUAGUUGUGUUUGAAGAUGGCUUGACUGUAAACCUGUUUUGGAUUAGCUAUAUGGGGUCAUAUAACCAUUUACUCUAGAAAGUGGUAGUGACUACACAGCAUCAGAGCCCUACUAGUAACUUACAGAUAUCCACAGAUAGAUUACCAGUGUUGCUAUAGUUUGUAGAAAUACCUAGUUCAGAUUCUUGACUCCAGUUUUCUUGGUUUCUUAGGCUUGAAAUGUCCUAGAAAUUUGCAACAGCAGUUCUGAUGCCUUUGAAAGGAUGAGAUUGAAGACUGAGCAUGUGAUUACACUUGUAUUUUCUGAAAUAAUGAAGAAUGUUCUGUAGAUUUUAUCCCGCAAAUACAGUUCAAAAGGUUAAGUGGAGAGGUUUAUAGGUAAGGUAAUUAAACAGGCCUGGGGAAUAGUUGAGGGGACAGUGGGUGUUUCAGCCUGGUAGUACGUACAUGAGCUUGGGGAACUGGAUGUAUAAUAUAAUGCAUCUAUGAUUGGGGCUGGAUAAUAUGUUCAAGACUUUUAAUUGAGUUCCCAUCAAUUCCCUUAUAAAAGUUACUUUGAUCUUUGUUACUGUUGCAUGAUUGGAAAUGCUUAAAACACUGCACAAUUUUAGUAUAAAGUAAUGUAAUGUUGUGGUCUUUUUUUGUACCUAGUUCUCUUUUAUCUGCAUGUAAUUUGGAUUUCUCAAAUACAUUCAUUAGUAAUUUAUCACAUCAGUUUUCUUUUUGUUUAAGCUCCUAAUCUGUAGAGAAGUGAUAGUCUUGAGGUAGAUAUCCAGAAAAUACAACUUGAUAGCUUAGCUUUAACCAGGUACUUUUACAUUUUUAUAACAGUUAUCCACCAAGUUGGAGAUUUUUUUUUUAUGUAUGUGCCUAACCUCCUUUAUCACUAUAUAUGAAAUCUGGUGGUUUGAAAACUCCAGCUUUGUAGAGCAAUGAAGUGACUGUAAUGUUAUGUAAGCGUACUGAUUUCUAAUGAUGUUUUAAAACAUUGCCUUUAAUGACAUCAAGUUCUGGCAGCUAAAGGCAUAUUUAUUUUGAAAUUUUUUUCCCGCCAUCUUUUUUUUUCUAUUUUGGAACAUUUUAGAUCCCUAAGAGGUUCAAAAUAGUGCUGAGAGUUCCUUACUUAAUCUAUUUUUAUAUUACCAUCUUUUAAUUGGUAGACAUUUAUGCAAAAUAAGAUAAUAACCUUGGAUUAACUAAAGUACAAAAUUUAUUUGGAUUCCAACAAUUUUUCUAUUUGUUGUAUGUAUGUGCUGUGUUUGUAACAGGGUUGUCUUUUGUGUUUCAAAGCGUAUAAGUGAGUUUUUGGUCUUUAUAAUAAUGGUCAAAAAAUACUUCCUUAGAGGAGCUUGUUCAUGCUAGCUUUAAAAAGAGCUUUUUCCUUAAAACUAUAAUUUCAACUGUUUAGUGAUUUAAAUUCAGACUCUUUAAUGAUGCUGCAGAAUUACAUUAUUUCUGAUAUGCUCAUGCUUUAAUGGAAAUACAGAUUUGUUCCUUGAAGAUGUAGAAUAUAAAUAAUAUUCUCAAACUUAUGAAAAGGCAAAUUUUAUAAUUUGAAUGUUACUAGAUGUUAGUUUGCAUGAAGCUGUAGUUAGAAAUAUCAUGUGUGUGAAUGUGUACAAUCAGCUUAUCUUGAAUCUGAAAUUAGUGUUUCCAUGUACACCUGUCAAAAUAUAGGAAGUGUAAUAGUGCAUAGUGUGAUGAGCUGGGGAAAUGUAACACGUACUGCAGAGCUAAACAGUAUAAAGGUUUAUCAUCCACAAUCUCUGGUCCUUUAGGAACUGGAACAGUGCUGUCUUUUAAACCCCAUUGGACAGAUGGAAGCUUCUUACAAACCCUGUUCUCUAGCAAGCAUUUUAUAUUCCUUUGUAUACUUUAUGUCUUAUUGAGUUGGAUGGAUUUUUUGCUUAUUGUUUUGUUUUCGAGACAGGGUUUCUUUGUGUAGUCCAGGCUGUCCUGGAACUUGCUUUGUAGACCAGGCUAGCCUCAAACUCACAGAGCUCUUCCUGCCUCUACCUCCUGAGUGCUGGGAUUAAAGGUGUGCACCACCACUGCCUGGCAAGUUGGCUGUAUUUUCAUUUUAAGCCCCAGAGCAAUUUCUUAAGAGUAAUUUGUAUUUAAAUUUCCUUGAAAUAAAAUUUCACUAAGGUAAACACUUUUGAAAGAAAAACAAGCAAACUAAUUUAAAAAUUAAAUUUAGAUACUUACCUAUCCCUUACAGAGAACUUCAAAGCAAGUUUAAUAACAAACCAGAAGUUCUGGAAAACUUAAUGGAUUCUGUUAAAUAAGAAUUACAAAGCCCCAGUACAUCUAAAGAGAUAGACAAAAAUUUGAAUUAGGUUUGUGAGUUUAGCAAAUACCCUGGGAAGGAAAGUGGAUGCAUGUGUAACAAGACAAGCAGAACUUGAGUUCUCUAAAACACUCAGAUGAGAGAUUGUGGUAAAAUCCAUCCCAGGAGAAGAUAGCUGUGCACAGUUAAUGUUAUAAUCAGUAGGUGCCACUCUUUCCUUGGAUAGUCCCCAUUUUUACAGUUGUGUUAGGCUAAAUGCUAUGCUACUAAAAAUGCUUAGCUGACCGUAACACUAAGGAUUUUAAUCCUGUAACCCCUUUAAUUCAAUAUUGGACAAAUAUUUGGUAAGUACUUACUGUGCAUGCUGGGACCGACACCUUAUUCUACCACUGAGCUAUACUCCCAUCUCAGGAGUACUACUUUACAGUGUAAAACGUUCAAAAGAAGUGCACCGUCAAUAUGAGAUGGUAAAGCAGGACGCAGUUGGGAGUGGCGUUGUGCUACUGUUUCACCAUUCUCAGCCUAAGUAACCUGAGUAUAUAAACUGUAAGAUUAUCAUUUCCCUUUAUCAAGUGUAGAAAAAUGAUAAUUACUUUUUUCAUCUUUUCUUAUAUAGAGAGGUGAGAUUUUAAUUUUUUUAUCAUUUGUAGGUAUACUAGAUAGAAUCUAUAUAACCUAUAUGAUUGAGACUUUCCCAGUGAUUUGAAAGCACCUAACAGUUUGGGUAUUACAUCAGGAACGCUCCCUGAGUUUGAAAAUCAAGUGUAGUUUGUAAAGACAAAUUUUUCUUAGCACCCCUGGAAUUUCCUAGGACCAGGGGAAUUCCACACAGGCAGUGUGUUGGUGAGCUUGGCACACAGUGUACUGGAGAAUGUAAUUACCUCUGAAAAGCCUGGAGUUGUUUCUUGACAGUUCUUUAAUGCACCCAGGCUUUUAUAGUUCUGGGUACAAACUGGAGCUGGCGUCAAGGGUGUCAGAGGAGCUACUGAAGAGUUUAGUAGAUGUCCUGUGAUUCAUCAGUGAGGUUUUUGUGAUUUGAGUUGGCAUUUAAGUGACUUAUCCAAAAUGGACCCAUUCUUGGGGAAGGCUUGUCUCUGGUCUCCUUUUCUGUGUCGUACGCUGUGUGACUGACCCACAGUGUGAGCUGGUAGUGACAUGACAAAUGCAGUAUUCUCUGUGUUGGAAAUGGAUUCUCUUUCUUAGAAAACAGUGGGGAAAAGAUGAUUGAUAGCUGUGUUUGCUAGAGUCUUAACAAUUGGCUGUUGUAGGAGAAAGAAGGGCCCAAGAAUCAACUCAAUUUUUUUUCUUUCCUAGCUUGUUGCUUCCUUCCUCCCUUCCUCUUCUCCCUUCCUUCCUCCUCCCACCUCACCCCCAAUCCCCAACAGGGUUUCUCUGCGUAGCCCUGACUGUCCUGGAACUCCCUCUGUAGACCAGGCUGGCCUCGAACUCAGGGACCCACCUGCCUUUGACUCUCACCUUUUCUAGCUUUCUACACCUACAUUUAAAAAAAAAAGCCUAACAUUUUUGAAACUGACUUUUUUUUGUUCAUAACAUUGAAUUCCAAGCUUUUACUAUUCUUUUGUAACUUCAAGAACAUUUCCCUUUGACAUAGUUUUUGUCUACAUGUGUCUGUAAAUUGAGACCAAAAGAGCAAAAUCUGGGGCAGAAAACAUUUAUGAUGUGCAUAUAUUGGAGCAAAUAUACAAGGAUUGCAAAGAUUAGAAAGAGUCAUGGAAAUUGCUUGAUUUAAUAAAUGCAUCACUUCUGGUGCUUGAUAUAAUGGGAUAUAUUGAACUAAAAAAUUGUAUAUAUAGUAUGUCAGCGUUUCUUACUAACUUCUCUUGAAUACAUUUUUAAUAUAUUGUACAGGUUGGGGAGUUAUAUAUACUCUUCAAGCCAAUACUAUCCAGACUGUAGAUUUAUAAAACAAAUUGAAAAAUUCAUCAUUCUCCUGUAUUCAAGACCAAAGCUCAUAAUGCUAAUGUAGUUCUCCUGCAUAUUUGAGAAAAUGUGAAGUCCUUUCAAGAAAAUGUAAUAAACAUAAUAAUCAUAGUCUGCUGACACUGAGGAAAAGGGACCUCCUUCGCUCUUUCUUUUAUGCAGCGAUUUACUGGUCUCUGCUGAUUUCAAAUUGGAUCACUGUAGUAAAUUAUCCAUGCUGGUCUGUGCAAGUAAGCCCUAGGAUCCAUAUUUGUUUUGUGUUCUGCUUAAAUCAGCAAGAAUGAUAAAUCUGAUGGUGUGAAAUUGGAAAUAUCAAGGGCUUUCUUUGUUGAUUGAGCAAAGUCUUGUCUCCACCUGUAAUUUUUGUGACCCUUUUUCAGUGUAUGUGCUUCAUAUGUCUAAUAUUUAUUUCAAUAUAAAUUAGAUUGUUCUUCCUUCAUCUAUAAUGUUAUACCUAACAUUUUAUUGAUGUAAAGUCAAAUUGUGUAAUAAAAGUCUUCCUGGAUUUAA